AUGCGACCAGAUAGUAUCUUUGGCUGUCUUUAUCAUACGCUUCUUAUUCCACGACUCUCAACAUUCGUUGAAGCUAGUUCACUAGAAAAUCAAACUGAUGCUGUAUUGUUCCGGAAAAUGUUAGAAACUCUUCUAUCCCCAGAAUUUCCAACAAUUGGACUUCAAAUACGUUUUGGUGAUUCAUUUAUGAAAGAAAAUAGCUCUGCUGAAGAAAAUGAUUCAUCAUUAAUCGAGCGAUUUGGAAGUUUCUUCACAUGUGUUGAAGACUUAAAUACUUCCAAUCCACAUACGACAGUUUUUCUAAUGACUGAUUCACUUCGCAUUAGAAAAAUUGCACUUAAUCGGUGA